GUGUACAGCCAGCCUGACAAGCAGCGCAGGGAAGCACGGAGCCUGCCAGCAGGACAGGACAGGACAGGAAGGGGCAGGGGCUACCGGGCUGCCUCUGAGCAUGGUCAUGGGUUCCAGCCGAAUUACUCUAAAGAUCAAGCAUUCUGCCUUCUAUUUCCUAUGAUGGCCAGAGUUUCCUGUGCUAAGAGGCUUUCUGUUUCACCCCAGGAAACAGAGCAUUUCACUCAGAGGCGACUCUGCACUGGGUGAGGUGCAGCCUGUCACCUGACCAGCUCUGGAGCUGCCAGUGGCAUCAGGCUGCAUUCCUUGAAUUCUUCACCCAGCACUACCGCCACCGCAAUGAACAACUUCAGGUUCACUGAGCUGAGGGGAUUCCAUCUGCUGUGCCCUCGGAGUCCGCUGCCCUAGUCUCGCGCCCAGGCUCAAAACCUAUAGCUGAGUAACAGCAAGCUGACUGCCUUUGAGGAGUAGCACGCAGAGAGUGUCAAAGAAGACCUCAAAUUCUGGAGAAAAAUGAUCUUUCAAGGACUACGAAGUAUAUACUUCCUGCUGCAUGUUUCUGUCUUACUAACCUGUGAUAACUGAAACACAUGGUCCUGGGGCUGCCGAAGGUCAAUUGCUUAUCAAAUUUCCCAUCAUGCAUCAGCUGUUCAGACUGGUUUUAGGACAAAAAGAUCUUUCCCGCGCCGGGGACCUCUUCUCUUUAGAUGACUCUGAGAUUGAAGACAGCCUGACAGAAGCUCUGGAACAAAUUAAAAUAAUUAGCUCAUCUUCCGAUUACCAAACCAAUAACAAUGACCAGGCAGUGGUUGAAAUCUGUAUCACGCGAAUCACAACAGCCAUCAGAGAGACAGAGUCCAUUGAAAAGCAUGCCAAGGCCCUUGUGGGGCUCUGGGACUCCUGCUUGGAACACAACCUGAGACCCUCUGGGAAAGACGAAGACACUCCGCAUGCAAAAAUUGCUUCUGAUAUCAUGAGUUGCAUUUUACAGAAUUACAACCGGCCCCCUGUGAUGGCGUUAGCCAUCCCCAUAGCAGUGAAAUUCCUCCACAGAGGCAACAAGGAACUGUGCAGGAAUAUGUCCAACUACCUGUCCCUGGCUGCAAUCACCAAGGCAGAUCUUCUGGCUGAUCACACAGACGUUAUAGUAAAGAGCAUACUCCAAGGUAAUGCCAUGUUGUUGAGGGUGUUACCUGCUGUGUAUGAAAAGAAGCCUCAGCCAAUUAACAGACACCUGACAGAACUCCUGGCCUUGAUGUCUCAGCUGGAACAACCAGAACAGUACCAUCUUCUACGGCUUUUACAUGUAGCUGCAAAGAGAAAGCAACCAGAGGUGGUUCAGAAGUGUAUUCCUUUCCUAAUCAGGCAUUUGAAAGACUCAACCCAUAAUGAUGUGAUCCUAAACAUCCUCAUAGAGAUAGCAGGCUAUGAACCUGUGGCUUUGAACAGUUUUCUUCCAAUGCUGAAAGAGAUUGGUGAGAGAUUCCCCUACCUCAUCGGACAAAUGGCGAGAAUCUAUGGAGCUGUGGGGCAUGUGGAUGAAGAGAGAGCCAGGAGCUGCCUGCCAUUCCUGGUGAGUCAGCUGGCCAACAUGGAACAUUCGUUUCAUCAUAUUCUCCUGCUGGAGAUUAAGAGCAUCACUGAUGCUUUCUCCUCCAUCCUGGGCCCUCAGAGCAGAGAUAUCUUCCGCAUGAGCAACAGCUUCACUGCCAUUGCCAAGCUUCUUACCCAACAACUGGAAACUACCAAGGCCAGAAGCAGCAGGAGAAAACCCAGCAAUGAAAUUGAAUUCCCUGAGAAGCUGGAAGAAAUCAAGUUCACUGUAGCUGAAGAUGAAGACCAUGAAAAGCUCCAAGUUAAAAUACAGGCUUUUGAAGACAAAAUAAAUGCUGAGAGCAAUACUCCUAGCUCUAUAAGAAGAUAUAGUUUGGGCCAAUUUUCUAAGGAAGAAAGAAAAGACAUUAGAUUUAACAGGUCAAAGAGUUUGGCUUUGCACACUGUGCUAACAAAGAGCAUGAGUUCAGAUGAUGGGGAAAUUGUAGAGAGUGGAGAUAUGCCAGCUAGGAUCAUUCUUUCAGAAACAGAUCCACUUAGCCAAGGAAACGACAAGUUGCCCUUUAAGGCAAACUCUGACAGAUCACAGCUGAGAAAUUCUUCAGUUUCACACCCAAGUAUUAUACAUACAGAAUCAGAGAAUUUGCCAGAAACAGUUAAAGAAAACUGCCAGGAGGAAACUCCAGAAACAACUGCAAGUCCUGUAGAAUACCAAGAUAAGCUCUACUUGCACUUAAAGGAAAAUUUCAGUAAAGUAAAGGCAUACGCUGUGGAAAUCGGAAAGAAGAUUCCAAUCCCUGAUCAGUGUACCAUUGAAGAUUCUGUUAGAAGUUGUGUAGCAAAGUUGUUCUUUACCUGCUCCCUGAAGGGUCAUUACUGCCUCUACAGUAAAUCCAGUUUUAUUCUCAUCAGCCAAGAGCCUCAGCCAUGGAUCCAGAUCAUGUUCCUCUUUCAGCAGAGCCUGUUUCCUGAGCCACUGUCUAUACAGAGUCAUUCUGUACAAUUCCUCAGAGAUCUGUGGGAGAAGACCCAGGCAGAUGGUGCUCACAGCUUUGAAACAGCCAUGACGGAGUCCACAUUUCCACAGCAGAAGGAUCUGGACCAGGUACAGCUCCAUCUGGAAGAAGUGAGGUUCUUUGAUGUAUUUGGCUUCAGCGAAGCAGCAGGAGCAUGGCAAUGCUUCAUGUGCAACAACCCCGAGAAAGCGACCGUUGUAAACCAAGAUGGCCAGCCUCUCAUAGAAGGAAAACUUAAAGAGAAGCAAGUCAGAUGGAAGUUCAUCAAAAGGUGGAAAACUCGUUAUUUUACGCUGGCCGGAAAUCAACUUCUGUUUCAAAAAGGAAAGUCUAAAGAUGAUCCUGAUGACUCCCCAAUAGAACUCAGCAAAGUACAGAGUGUGAAAGUUGUGGCCAGGAAACGCAGGGACCGCUCCCUCCCUCGGGCUUUUGAAAUCUUCACAGACAAUAAAACCUAUGUUUUCAAGGCCAAGGAUGAGAAGAAUGCAGAAGAGUGGCUCCAGUGCAUCAAUGUGGCUGUUGCCCAAGCAAAAGAAAGGGAAAGUAGAGAAGUAACCACAUAUCUGUAGGGAUUUGCAAGCCAACCUCACACUGAUUGUAUACAAUGGGCAUUGCAUUAUCACUGCCAAUGUCAAGAAAAAAGAGAUAAAUUAGCCAAGUCACAUUGUGUUUUUACUGAAUGGAACAGUUUUCCCUAAGAAGCAGAACCCAAAAGUGGCAGGAUUUUUAUACAUUUCGUAUUCUAAUGGCACCUGCAUUAACUCCAGAACAUCUGUAUGAUGCAUUCAGGAAAAGGAGCUACAGAUGAUACAUGGAAGAAAGGGGAGAGUCAGGGAUCUAGGAACCCCUGUAGAUAUGCCAUUGUAAGUUGUAAGAAUACAACUUCACAAGGUACUUGAAAUACUUAUCCCAAGGAAAGAUUAAGCACCUCUGAUGAAAACUAUAGUCUGUCAAAGUGUUAGAAGAAAAGUAAAGCCCUAUGAGGAAAAGUCAAACAUAUAACUUAAUAUAGACAUACAAUUAUGUUUAUUCUUUCCUAAUGCAAAUGAGGCUAACACAUGGUAAAAUUGUUCUCAAGUGAAGACAGUUAUGUAAUUAAAUGUCUGUCUUUCCGAACAACUUAUCUGAUUAUUCUGUUUAGGUUCACAUAACAUGAUCUAAAGUUUAGGUACUUAGAUAUAUCUAUUGCCCAAGGCAGUAAGUGUAAGCUACAACAAGCACAGAAAACCAUUUUCACCAUCUUCAAAGUAUGUGCCAUUUCCAUCAAGUUUUGAGAUGUUACAGUUCUAUACUUUUCUUCUUUAUAUUCAGUUGUUUAAUAUCUCCAAAUUACAUUUUAUGGUUUUUUCCAUCACUCAUAUUAAAAAAAAAAAUUAAGCUGUGGCAGGCAGAAUUAUAGGAUGAUUCCCAAUGGUCUAUACCCUGACCCUUCCCCUUGACUUAUAACUUGCUUCUAACUAAUAGAAUAUGGCAAAAAGAAUAGGAUAGUCUCUUCCAUGACUAUGGUACAUUACGUGGCAAAGGUGAAGAAGUUUCUUAAUCAACUGACUUUGAGUCAGUCAAAAGGAUAUGCACAAAAGUGUGCAUGAUCUAAUCACAUGAACCCUUUAAAAAAGAGUGAACAAGUCAGAGACUCUCUCUUCCACUGGCUUUGAAUAAGCAAACUGCAAUGAAUUCUACAACUUUAAGGGAAUGGAUUUUGCCAACAACCAAUGAGCUUGGAAGAAGAUCCCAGCCCCAGCCAACACCUUGACUGCAGCUUUGCAAAACCCUGAGCAGAGGACCUGGGUAAGCCAUGCUUGGACAUAUGACCCAGGAGAACUUUGAGAUAAUAAAUAUAUGCUGUUUUAAGUGACCAAGUGUGUGGAAAUUUGUUCCAUAACUAUAGAUAAUUAAUACAAAAGCUAACUUGGAAUGCAUAUAAGAGGACUACAGAAACCUAGAAAAAAAUGUAAGUAGUCAAUUCCCUUAAUUCUACCUUGACUCUACUGAUAACUCAUGAGGACAGGAAAUACAUAAGAGGCCAAGUUUGAAAAAGGAAACAAUUGAAUUUUAACAUGUAAAGUUUGAGGGUAUUGGGAGUCACAGAAGUUAUUACAAAUUGAAAACAGUUCUGGGGGGUCAAGAUUUUGCCUCAUGGGAUAUAUAUAUGGUCACCAAAGAUGUGGAAUUUGCUGAAAUUACUCAGGAAGAAUAAGACAAAAGAACUAAUAAGGGCUUCUUUGGGAUACCUAACUUUUAAACAAAGGAACACUGGAUUGGCUGGUUAGUGUUCAGAGAUGUUACAGACCAGGGGAAACAACGUCACAAAUGCCAAAUAAAUAAGGCUUUCAGGAAAUGGGAAAGGUUAACAAUGUAAAAUCCUGAAGAGUAAUCACUUAAGAUAAAGAAUGAGCUUUACAAUUAGGAAGCAAUUGGCAUUAUUGGUAGGAAUAAUUUCAUUGGAGUAAUGACAUAAAAGUCAAAUUUCAGUGGGUUAAAGAAUCAAAAGGAGAUUAGGAGUUUAAAGCAAUAAUUGGACUCUAUUUUCAACAAAUUGGGGCUAAGAUACAGAAAGUGUUUUGUUGUUUGUUCCAAAGAUGAAUUAGACUGGGGGGGGGGGGGGGGGCGUGGUUGUUAACAUGCAAAAAGAAAGAAGAAAAACAACUCUGCUUGAGCAAAGUUUCCAAAAGUGGUGGGAAAAGGAUUAAAAUUCAUGCCAUAGCAAUUUAUGGAACAGUUAGCAAGCAACAGGUACCAUGCUUGGCCUGGAGAUAGAAAAAUAAAAGACCCAGCUCUUCCCCUCAAGGAUUUUGUAGCGUAGUAGAAGAGAUAAUCACGUAGAACAAAAAUUGAAAUGCUCAAGUGCCUUGAUGGAAGUUUGCACAGGGUCCCGUGGAAAUACAGGAGAAGGCACCACUGUAAUUGACUCUGAACUCAAAGCCAAAGCAUGGGCUCCCUCACUGUUUCCCAGAGCUGUUAGAGAAUGAACUUGUCCUAAAGAGCUAAGAGUGUCGAGGGCGGACAAGGAAACAAUGGUCAGUAGAGGGAACCACACUGCAAAAGCACAGGAGGGAAAGGGAACAUGGUCCAUUUGCAAAACCGCAAGUCCUUAUUAGGAUGGGAACAUGGGUGGGGGGCAGGGGGGUUGCUGUUGUGCUGUUGAGGAAUGGUACAUAAUGAUGCUGGAGAGACCUAUAAGGCCACAGCAUAAAGAGCUUGGUUCCAUACUAAGGAUCUUGAACCUUUCUUAAAAAGGUUUUAAGAUUUGCAUUUAGAGAAAUAAUUUUGAUAGUGGUAUUACAGAAUGGAUUGUAGAGAUAUAAAAAGUUGUAGCAGGGAAAUCAUUUGGGACAUUCUUAGAAGUGGUGAGGUGUAGUGGCAGAGGAGACAGAGGGGAAUGGAAAUGCAAGAAAAAUAGUGAAUUAGUAAAAUGGAUUGGAUACUGGUGGUCUGGAUGGAGCCGGGGUAUAGGAAUGGGAAGGAGUCUCUCAUGACCCCUAGGUGCUUUCUUGAGAAAUUUGAUGCAUGGUGGUAGCAUUUACUGAGAUAGAAAAUUCAGAAGCAACAGUUUAAGAGGUGAGGCAAAUGGUAAAUUUAAUUUUAAUGUAUAUAUUUAGAGUAUAGAUACAUGAUUGAUCUUAGACUAGAGAGACAUCUCCUAUGAAGUCAGGCAGGAAAAGGUGAGCAGACAUACAGUUGUAAAUGAGUCUCUAAAUAUUAUGUUGAAAUCUACCAGCCAUUCUUAAGAGUCAGUUGAGUAACCAAGCUGUUUAAUUAAUUAGAAAAAAGCUGGUAACAGACAAAUGGAAUAUUAAGUGACACCACACUAGUUAUUAAUUUAAAGGCCAACAAUGUGUUCAAACCUUUUGUAGCAGAGAGAUUACGGUAAAACUCAACCUGUUUAUGUACUGAUUCUGUUUUCACUGAAUGCUUAUCCUAAGAAAGAAGAGAAUGGACCCACCAGCUCAAGUUGAGAGAAAUGAACUAUUUUUGUUACUUGUUACAGUCCUUGUGAUUUCAUUAACUGGAUGCCUCUAGUUUAGAAUACAAUUCUCAGAGCCUUUGGAUCAAAUCUAAAGAGAAAUAAAUGUAUGAAGUAUGAAUAAUGAUCUUUCUGGUUUCAUUCCAUGGUGCUGUAGUCAUUCCAAAUGCAAACAAAUUCUCCCAGGUUUAGAAUCACACUGCAAUUUCAGAAUCAUCAGCUUCCCACUGAUAUUUCUGGCACUUCCACUGCCAUUGCCAGCUAGCUCACCACAGAGUGCCCUUUCCCAAGAGGGCUGUAGCUCCUGAUCCUGAGCUAAGAAGAAACCACUCUUCUAAACAUGUUUAAACCUUUAAAAAUGUUGGGAUGAAUACAAUUAUAAUCAUGGUUAGAAAUGCAAGUGGUUUUCAUUUUCAUUCUAUUUCGAUUCUUUUUCCCUCUCAGAUAGCUGUGGAAACAAACGUUUAUGGGUGAGACCCUCAUCUGGUUAUUUCUUGAGAACCUGGAGUUUGGCGAAAAUAAAUGUUCCAUAUUUUGCUAACAUGACUUUUCUGGAAGAUCCUUUGUUGGUGAGGUUGAGAGACAUUUAUUCGGUGAUCUCCAAUUCACCUACUUUCUGUAGGCACUUUUGGGCCUAUUAUUGUAACUUUAUUCUCAGGCAUAAAUAAAAGAUUACUGGGUUGAAAAAUUACCCUUGGGAAAUUUAUCUCUCAAUUUAAAAGUAAAUUUACAUUUAAAAAUUACUUUUAGGGGGGCGCCUGUGUGGCUCAGUCAGUUAAGCUUCUGACUUCGGCUCAGGUCAUGAUCUCACGGUCUGUGAGUUAGAGCCCUGCGUCCAGUUCUGUGCUGAUAGCUCAGAGCCUGGGGCCUGCUUCAGAUUCUGUGUCUCCCUCUCUCUCUGACCCUCCCCCAUUCAUGCUCUGUCUCUCUCUGUCUCAAAAAUAAAUAAACAUUAAAAAAAAUUUUUUUAAUUACUUUUAGGAAACGGUUGCAAGAUGAGGUAAGGGAAUAUAUAGGUGGAAUUCAUGGUGCAUUGCAGAGAAGUGAAUACCAUAAAUGCUCUAGCCAGGAUUUCUAGUCCCCAAAAUCUAAGUUUUGAGAUGAAAAACUCAAAAUGUCAUCUUGUUCCAGAAUAGCUCCAGUUUAUAGGCCUACUGGAGCAACUCUUCCCCAAAGGUGCUUCUGAAGGACAGAGGGGUUGGAAAACCAGGGAGAUUUCUACAAAGGCAGUGAAGUCUAGAGAAAGUGGCACAGGCUGUGAGCACAGACACAUGAGGAUUCAAGUCCUAGCUCUACCAAAACUAAAUUACCAGCCUGAGCAAAUUACUCAUCUCUCAUCUCUUGGUUGGGAACCAUAAUGUCUAUGGAACAGAACUGCUAUGAAGCUUAAAUGUCAAGUAAUAGCAUCCAGCAGAAAACCAUGGGUACUUGAUGGCACUCCAUUUUUUACACACCACUAAGGGAGGAAAAAAAUCCUACAAAUGAAAUUGUGAUGCUAUGUCUUAAUAACAAUAUAAUCAGUGCUGUUUUACUUCCAAAUGUCUUUUAUCUAUUCUGAGAGAUUUAGUAGUUUCUUCUGACUUCAGGUACCUCGAGUGAUGUGUGACAGGUAAUCCUU